GUGUCGGCAAGAGCACUGUUCCGGUCGCCAGUGCCGGUGGCUGCGCUGUUCCGGUCGCCGGCUCGGCGCGUGAGCACGGCCGAUACGGUGACGGUCACAGUCGCCGAGGCUCAGUCGAAAACGGCUGCGGCGAUGCGCAAGAUCGGCUGGGACGCCGAGGACGCAGCGCUCCAAGCGGAGAUCAUGACGGCGGCAGAGCUUUGCGGCAACAACCAGGGCCUCGUCAAGAUGUACAACCCGUCGCUGAUGGCGCCGUCGCCCGGCGCCGCAAAGCCAACGAUCGAGCGGGAGACGCCCACCUCGGCAGUGGUCAAUGCGAACCAGUCGCCGGGGAUGCUCGCGGCGGUCAACGCCGCCGACUUGGCGCUGCAGAAGCUGCGCUCACAGGACGGACCGAUCGCCAUCGUCACGGCGUACAACACUUCCACGUCAAGCGGGCAGCUCGCCUUCUACUGCGAGCGGAUGGCGCGGCAGGGCGCCAUCGGCAUCGCCCUCGCCAACUCGCCGGAGUUUGUCGCCGCCGCGCCCGGUGGCAAGCCAAUUUUUGGCACAAAUCCCGUCGCCUUUGGCAUUCCGCAAGCGGCGGGCCCGCCUCUCACAUUCGACAUGGCCACCUCGGCGAUCGCGCUCUUCGGCGUGCUCACCUCCAAGGCCAAGGGCGAGCCGCUGCCCGAAGGAGUCGCUUACGGCCGCGACGGCGGCUUCACGACUGACGCGUCCGAGGCGCUCGAGGGCGGCGCCAUCGCGACCUUCGGCGGGCACAAGGGCGCCGGCCUCUCGCUCUGCGUCGAGCUGCUGGCGGGUGUGCUCAGCGGUGGGGCGGUGGUCGGCCAGUGCGAGUCGAAGAAGCUUGCAAAGAGCUGGGGACACACGAUGAUUGCCAUCCAGCCGGACCUCCUCGUCGACGGCUUCGAGGCCAAGGCAGCGGCGGUCCUCGCGGCGACCAAGGCUUCCGGCCCGUCGAUCCGCUUGCCCGGCGAGUCGUCGGCGCGGACAGCGGCGGAGCGUACUGCCGCAGACGCGCUGCCCAUCCCCAAGCAGAUAUGGGAGUCGAUCUGCCGCACCGCGGAGCACGGCUUGCCCGAGCAGUGAGCCGAGAGGGCGCAGCUCGUGGUAUGCAAGGCCUCGGCUGUGCGCCGUGUGCGGCAUGGUGGGUACGAGGGAUGUGUGCUGCAUGGCAUGCGCAUGACGCGGUCCGUGCGCGCGUGUUGCUCCGUCACAGUUACAAUACACACACAUACCAUACACAUACACAUAUGUCAUUGCG